AGCAACGAUGCCGGAUUGUAGGGUUUCCUGGAUGCUGGUGUCUUAAGCUCGAGUGUUUUCUCCCCCUCUCUCUCUGUAAUUUGACAGGAAUUUCUGUUUUUUUUCUGAGGGAGUCGAUUCGGCGGAGAGAGCGCAUGCAGGGUGAGGGCGGGCGGGCCUUGGGGGAGGCACUGGAGGGGAUCCUGAGGAGGGAUCUGCGGGCAGCUGACCUCAAAUGUAGCCUCUUCAUGUCGGCACUGCAGAGCUACCGGCGGGACUCGGUGUUGAGGCCUUUCCCCGCCGCCUACUUCAGCGGCGAGAACAAGGACUUCGACGCCUUGCUUGCUGAUGCCCAGAAUCUGCCAAAUUUAAAACAGCUGCUGGACUCUGGAACAAUCCCACAAAAGCAAACCUUGGAACUUCUGAACUGGUUCUGUUUGCCAAAAAACCUAACCAUCAAAAGUUUGGAAAAAGGAGGGUUUGAUGAAAUUCAGGAACUCGUUGGGUUUACGACGCCUUCUGCUGCUACCCCUGACUUCUUAUUUGAGAUAGUUUAUUGUGAUCAGAUGAAUGCCAAGUUUGACAAAACCAAAGGAAACAGAGAUCUCAUCUAUGCAUUUCAUGGGAGCCGGUUUGAGAAUUUUUAUUCUAUAAUCCACUGUGGUUUACAGUGCCACCUAAAUAAGACUUCGCUCUUUGGGGAAGGAACCUAUCUUACCAGUGACCUGAGUUUGGCUCUUCUGUACAGUCCCCAUGGUAACGGUUGGGAUCAGAGCAUUCUUGGUCCUGUACUUAGCUGUGUUGCAGUUUGUGAGAUCAUCGACCAUCCAGAUGUUAAAUGUCCAGUUAAAGGAAAAGAUACUGGCAGCAUAGAUCGGCGAAGAGCAAGGGUAAAAAAUAGCGAAGGUGGGGAUGUCCCACAAAAGUACUUUGUGGUCACGAACAACCAGCUCCUAAGAGUUAAAUAUUUGCUCAUUUAUGCUGAGAAACUACAUCGAAGGAGGCCCACAAGACAGCCAUCCUGGAUUUCCCAGCAUAGUUUUUUAGUUAUCAUGCUGAUGUAUUUGUUAUUGCUGAUAGUUAUUGGUGUCAGUAACUCACCAGCUUUCCAGUAUUAUUGGAAUCGAUUUCUUGAAACAAAGCGAUGAGUUUGUUGCUGCAGUGUUUUUAGCUGUCCAAAAUGCACAAUUCUUACCUGGUGCCUUAGUUCCCACUAUUACAGAAAGGCACUUGUGGACCAAUAAACUUAAUUUAUAAAAGCUCAAGACAGCCUGCUGUGCCAGGAAUGCUUUACAGGUUUGGGGAAACCAAUAUCAUUCCAUUCCAGCUCUUUUAUGGUUCUGUUUAGUUCUGAAUAAGAUAGGUCUUCUCUAUUGCUAAAGAGUGAUGGACGGCUGUGCUGGAGAAUGGAACUGUUAUUGAUUACAAUUUUGCAACAGGCAGCUGUCUUCAACCCUGUGCUCAGUAUGCUGCAGGUGUAGAAUCAUGUGCCUUUUGCAUUAGCCCCACCAACUGGCUCAUACUUAACCUGGAAGUAGAAUUUGCAAUUUAAUUUACUGACUGAUUUUAUUUUUUCCUCACUGCAUUGGAGGCAGCUGAAACCACUGCACUGUUUUAAAUUCUGAUCUUGACAGUCAUCAGAGAGGAAUGUCCCUUGAAGUGAGCUGAAUACAAGUUGAGACUCUUUAGAGGAACUCCAAUUGUUUUCUCUCUGUGAUAUAAAUUCUUUCCUUUGAUAGAUCUGGGUGUUGAGAAAUCAAUUUUAUAUGUUCUUUAUAACAUUGUCAAAUAUUUGAUAUUGUUAUGGAGACAUCGAACCAGUUCAAUGUUAUGUGUUAUGGGGACAUCGAACCAGUUCAAUGUCCCCAUAACAAGUCACAGUUCUCCUUGUAUUACUUUCCAAAAGAUUUCAAAAAAUCCUAAACAUUAUAAGCAUAUACAGUGAAUAAUUUUAUACCACAUUAUUAUGCAUUUUCUAUCCAUGGUUGAGAACUUUGAUGUAAGCCAGCUGUAAACUGGAGUUUUCUUGCAUAAGCCGUUGUCUGCUUUAAGUGCAAGAAAGGGUUUAUUGUAUUUAAUAUGUAUUAACUCAAGGGUUCAAUGAAAUAGAGGUCAUCAUAUAGGCUAUAAAGUAAAUAUUCUUGUUUGGGAUAUUCAAGUGAUUUCAGUUAAACAAUAUUUAUAGUUUAAUCCCUUCUCUGUUAUGACCCAUUCCCGCAAUCCAGUUCUAUAUGAGAAAUAUUUAUAUUACUGUAUAGCACACAUGUAUUCAACUGAACAUUAGAAUUUGUUUUCUGAGGCUAUUUAUUCUUGGAAGUAGUCACAAGGGUUUCUAACCAGUAUGUUGCUAAAAUAUAAUGUCAGAUUCUGAUCUAUUUUACCAUGCUAAUACAAAACAUCUAUUGAGUUCCCUGGCAGAAUCAAUCCUUCUGUCACAAUGUCCCUAGAUUGCUGAAUCUAAUAAACCUAAGUACAUUUUAAAAGUAAAACCAGAUUAUGUUUUCAUUCAGUGCCCACUUAGAGUAUCAAUCUGCUUGUCUUGUUCUAGUCCUAGUUCACCCUCUAUGCCUUAAUAUUUGGUGACCAAAUAGAUAUUUUUUGAGUAUAAUGUAAAGUCAAUGAUGCAACUUUGAGAUCACAUCUUGUGAUUGAGUUGUUUAAGGAAAAAUUGUUACUUUAAUUUCCUUUAAGUUAAUGGGGGUGGGGGUUAGAUAAUUUUGGUUUUAAGGUCAAACAAGGGAAAAUCUACAGAUGCUGGAAAUCCAAGCAACACUCACAAAAUGAAGGAUCUUGGCCUGAAACAUUGACUGUACUCUUUUCCAUAGAUGCUACCUGACCUGCUGAGUUCCUCCAGCAUUUUGUGUUUGGUUUUAAAGUGCUUGAUAAAAUUUCUGUUCAAAUUCUAAAUACAACUGUUUGUAUUUACAAAAUCAUAUCAAUUUUGCAUUGUAUUGUGAGCAGCAAUGGAAAGUAAGCUCUUUUUACCUUUAAUAAUGAACAAAAACUCUUUUCCAGGUUUAAUAAUGAUGUUAUUACUUAAUCAAGUAAUAACAUCAUUAUAAAACCUAGAUGUUACUUUCACACAUCUUGUCAUGUUGGCUCAAAUGAAGUUUAGAACAGAAAAUUUGUGUGAAGUGGUGAGGAAGUGGAGAAAAUCCAAACUCUCCCCAUGUCCUCAAGCCCUAUUUCACAAUAAGAUGAAUGCCUAAUUUGGUAUUUCUUUGGAUGUAACAGGAAGGGCGAAGUAGUGUUCUAUCAAGUACUUAAUUCCAAGUGCCUACUUAAAGCUUGCCAGAUGAUCUGAGUUUUAUUUCCCAUGUUGGGAGAAUGGCACUUCCUAUUUUCUUCUGUUCUCCCAAAUGUUUUCUAUUGGAAUUGGAUGGGGUAGAGCUCUUGGAUAAUUGUUCUUUUUGAUUAGAUGCUUGACCUCAUUGUUUAGGUGGAAUGCAUCCCUAGAAAUGUUUCUGAUGAAUGUCUUCAAUUCCUUUGGAUUACAAUCAACAUCUUAAGGAACUGGAUAAUGCCUCCUUAGUCUUUUUUCUUAUAGGAAGUCUCUUAUGUCUUCCUUUUUCUUGUAUUCAUGUUUUAAAAAUACUAAAAUCUCUUUACAGUGGUGAGAUGGUAUGAAUAAAAUGACCAAUAAAGACAUGCUGUUACUUGUU